CAUAAAAUAUUGAACUAAAAAUAUGUAAUUAACCGAUUUGGGGUUUUCGUUCGGUAUUCUUCUCCACUCAAAAACCCUAGAGUUACAAUCAUCUUUUAACAACUUCAAUUAAUCAGAGCAUCAAUCUAAGGUAUUAUCGAUUCCGAAAGAUGAUAAAAUCUUAAUAUUUCAAUUAGUUUACAAAUGGGAGGUAGAGGAGUGAUAAGCGAUAAAUGGUCCAUGAGGGUUCUCUGGAUCACAGCAAUUGGAAGUGCUAUUGGCCUGUAUAUGGUUGCGGUUGAAAGACAGACACAAAACAGGGAAAAGAUGAUGGCUGAAGCCUUAAGGGCUGCUGCAGAAGCUGAUGCAAACAACACCUGAUUCCUCAUCAACUGAAAGUUGGAGAUUUUUGUUUGAGACAUGAUUUAAUAAUAAUAAUAAUUCAUCAUCUAAGUCAAAAAAGUGUAGAAUUUUUAAAUCUUGAAUUCUUUCAAGAAUGAUGAGUGUGAGUUUGUGACCCAAUUUGUUUUGUUUUGUUUUUUUGUUUAUAUAUUUUUUUUAAUCAGUUACAUAUAUUUGUGUCUGUUAAUUUGCAUAUGUUGGUGGAUUUACCUUUGUUGUAUUUUAGGAAUUAACUUUUCUUGUAA